CCAAACUUCCCCCAAAUUCCACCUGGGCGGAGACCAAGAAAACCCUGGCCGCCGCCGCAGCCGCCUCUCCUGAACGCUGUAGCCUUCCGUUUCUCCUAGAACCUCCAGCAAUGGAGGCAUCCCAGACUCCAAUAGAGACGACGGGUUCGAGGUGCGCGCCGGAGACGGCGCGGGGCAGGCACGAGUUCGAGAUCGCGGGCUACAGCCUGCAGAAGGACCUCAGUGUCGGGAAUUUCAUCAAGUCGGCGACUUUCGCCGUCGGCGGCCACGACUGGCGCAUCCGGUUCUACCCUAACGAUGGGGACGUCCUAACAGCGGAAGGCAAAGACACCGUCGCCGUCUUCCUCGAGCUCAUCAGCAAGACCGCCGAGGUGAGGGCGCUCUACGACUUUAGGCUGGUCGAUCUGGAAACCAUGCAGCGGUCCAAGGUUGUGGCGGGCGUGACGAAGCCGUCGGUAUUCAGCGCUCUGCAGCCGACCUUGGGCUUUCGAAAGUUCAUGAAGAAGAGCGUGCUAGAAGGGCGGCCUUUCCUCCUAAGCGACCGCCUUGUGCUAGUGUGCGACGUUACUGUAAUCAUGGGGACGCCGGUGUCUGAAUCCAGGACAUUGUGCAACAUCCAAGUGCCGCCCUCAGACUUGGUGGAUAAUCUUGGGAAAUUGCUGGAGUCGGAGGAGGGAGCAGAUGUGACAUUUAAGGUUGAAGACAAGGUUUUCCAUGCCCACAAGAUUGUGCUUGCAAUGCGGUCACCGGUAUUCAAGGUGGAGCUCUAUGGACCUAUGAGGGACAAGAAUCAGCCAAGCAUAACAGUCGAAGAUAUGCAGCCUGCUGUUUUCAAGGCCUUGCUACAUUUUAUCUAUAAGGAUUCGUUGCCUGUGAUGGACAAUCUUGAUGAAGAUGAGAAUACAGAAAUGGUGAAGCAUCUACUUGUGGCUGCAGAUAGGUAUGCCUUGGAGAGGAUGAAAUUGAUGUGUGAGAACAUCCUUUGCAAGAAACUUGAUGCUGGGAGUGUGGCAGCUGUUUUAGCUCUAGCUGAUCAGCAUCAUUGCAGCAAGCUCAAAGAUGCUUGCAUUCAAUUUAUCAACUCUUCCACUAAAAUGGAUGAUCUGGUGGCAAGCCAUGGCUAUGCACACCUCAAAAGAGCAUGUCCCACCGUCUUUGCGGAUAUAUGGGAGUGGUCAGCAAAAUUUCAUUAAUACAUAGCCUUGUAGGUAUUUGGACUGUCCUUUAGCUAUCCAGUGGUAUUUUAGAAUUUGGAGGAAGGUAGGUUUUGUGAAACGUAUGCCUGAUAUGUGGUGAUGGCUCCCAGACUCACCUUAGUAUGAAUCUGUGUUAAAGGCAUCAUGAUAUUCUGGCUAAACAGUAGACAAUUAGUUUACUGAUACAGUUAUCCUAUUAUGUCCUCCUUUCAUGUUUACCAAAGAGAAAUAGCCAGCAUGAUUUACUGAA